UCCUACACUUUUUGAGAAAACCUCAAAUUACUAUGUCAAAAAUGUCACAGCGCCAUGCUUGGACAAGCCCUAAAGGUCAUUUUUCUCAGCCGUUCGUAUGGUCCUCAUGAAUACUUAUUAUUCUUUUUGUAGAACUAAUCUUCCUCUACAGGACGUGCAUAGAACAAAUAACAAUUGAGGGCCGUAACAGGCCAGAAAAUGGACCCAAAAUGAUAACGUCUAUCCCAUAAUUUUUCUUUUAAUUUUUGCGCUUCGUUCAAGUGUUUUUGAACAAAAGAAGUAUUAUGUUGAUAAUCUACAUAAAAUUUUACAUCGAUCUAGACACUUGGUGUCUGUUGAGGAACUUGAUUUUAGGAUCGAGAAAUUUUGACUUUCGAAUUCUCAGAGCAGAAGCGGCUUAAAGUCUGUUAGUCCCGUCCGUUUCAUUAAGCAGUGAAAAAUUAUCUGCAUCUUAAAAGUAUCUACGAUUGUAGAACUCGAAACAAAUUACAAGGCGCGGUGUUCGAAACUUUCUGAACAUGAACAUAUUUUCUCUUCUUUUAUUUAUAUUUGUUCAUUUUCAUUGGCCCAUUUUUCGUUGCUCAAUCUCACCCUUGCUUUGAGAAUUUUGAAUCUUUUUGUUCUAUAAAGCGUUCCGCUGCAUGUUUCGUAUUCGUAAUGAAAAUAAUAAAGUCACAAGUCAACAAAACGAUUGUGAUAAAUAUCGCGCAGUAAUCGUUCGAUUUUAUUCAAGAUCUAUUCGACAAUUAGUGUUAGCAUCAUUGGACAAAUUGAGAGGUAAAAAUUUGGGUGUUACAGUCGUUGAGGAUUUAACAAAAAAUGCAUUGGAAGUCUAUUGUCGCGAACGUGCCAAAUUGGAAGGUAAUGAAAAGAAAAAGGUACUAGCAAGAAAUGGUCGAGUCUAUGUUCGUCAACAUGAUAAUAAUUUAACGUUAAUAUCUGAAUAG